AUUGUUGUGAAUUUCUGUGAGAUUGAGAAUGCAGGCGGAGGAGAUAAUAUGCCGUGUUUCAGACGAAGAGAUCAUCGAGAAUUACCUGAGGCCAAAGAUAAACGGUGAAACAUCUUCAAUCCCGAGAUAUGUUGUGGAAUUGGCAGAGGAGCUGUACACUGUAGAGCCUUGGCUGCUUCCUCGACAAACAGCUCCAAUUCUCAACCCUGGCGAGUGGUUCUACUUUGGGAAACGCAAUCGAAAGUAUAGUAACUUGGAAGGUGUUCAUUGCGAGGGAUCGUGGAUACUCGAAGACGGUUGCAUCGCAGUCCUGUCCAAGGAGACGGGUGAGGAAAUUGGUGGAACGACGAGAUUUAGGUAUUACUAUAGGAACAAGGGGGAUAAAGAGAGUCGUCUGAAGAUGAGCAAUUGGUUUAUGAGAGAGUAUCGUCUCUAUUACAAAUCCAGGAGAGUCUUCAAUGGACGUCAGGUUUUCUGCAUUAUCACUUGUAAUGAUGAACAUUUUAUCGAAUAAUUCUCUCUGCUUUUUUUUCUAAGAUACCAUAGUUUAAGAUCCUAAUUAUGAGUUUGAAUCUAUAAUUAUAACUCUUUGC